AUGACCACCCCAACAGGUGUUGUGCAACGUUUCCUGUGGUCAUAUCAGACAGAAACCUGGCAACUUUUCCUAUCUGGCCUUGUGGAUCAGUGUGAUAAUUAUGCCUUUUAUGGUGCAAACUCUGAAUGCAAUGUUAAUAACUCUCCACAAUGUGAAGGCCUCACAGGUUACACACCCAAAUCUCCAGAAAAAUGGAAUUCAUUAGAUAGGAUUGAUGGGUGUGUUCGGAAGGUAAAUUUGGAUUGUGAUAAUAGAGAUGGAUUUCUUAAGUAUACAGUAAUGAAGUUGCCAGACACAUCUUCCUCCUGGUUUGAUAAGAACAUGACUCUUCAGGAAUGUGAGAUACAAUGCUUAAAAAACUGUAGUUGUAUAGCCUAUUCAAAUUUAGAUAUUAGAUAUGGUGGACGUGGUUGCAUGAUUUGGUUUAAUAACAUCAUGGACAUGAGGAAAGAAAACUCUGAAGGGCAAGAGAUUCACAUAAGAGUGGCUGCUUCAGAAUUAGAUAGUUCAAAGAAUAACUUAAACAAGAAAAAGCUAGCAGGGAUUCUGGGAGUUGGGACACUCAUCUUGGGCAUCACAAUAGCUGGAUAUGUCAUGUAUCUGAAGAGGAAGAAACUUAGGAAGUCAUGUGAAUUUUCAGAUAUCUUGUUUUAG